GCUGCUGGAGAUGAUCUGUCGCAAGACUGCGGCUUCAAUAUUUGGGAAAACCUAACAUCUAGUUUAGCAUUACUUUCAUAUCUUUUCUGCCCUUUUGUUCUCUAUUUAUAUUGAUUGGUUUAACCGCUCGCAGAUCCUAAAAAGAUGUUGGAAUGGAACAACGUCCUUGCAUCGCAACGGGAUAAUAACGGACGGACACCGCUUCACUUUGCCGCCACAGCUGUUCUAGGGAAUCAGAAUAUACUUUCACAAGUACUGAAAGCCAAUGCAGAGGCAUUGUAUCAGCCAGACCACAAUGGAUCAUUCCCCAUACACAUGGCUGCAUCUGUCGGUGCAACAAGUGUAGUCAGUGAAUUUAUUGAAAAUACGCCCAAUUGUGCUGGUUUACGUGAUGCUAGGAAAAUGACAUUUCUUCAUGUUGCAGUUGAUAAAAAGAAAAUAUCGACAGUUAGUUAUGCUUGCAAGAACGGAACAUUAUCAUGGAUUUUUAAUAUGCAAGACAAGAAUGGGAACACUGCAGUACACCUAGCUGCCCAGGCUGGCAGUGUUAAAAUAUUUUGUUGUUUGUUCAGGAAUAGACAAGUACAAUUGAAUUUGACAAAUAAGAAAGGGGAGACUCCACUAGAUAUAGCGUAUCAAAAUAUUCCUAAAGGGCUGCAUGCUUACAUGGUAAUCACUGGUAAUGUACACUGUCAUUUUACUUUUAAGCAGAAGCUUACAGGUGAGCAUAAACAACUGAGAUUUGUGCGGUCUAACUUAUACUUAUGUUGAUUUUGCAGCACAGUGAAGCAAGAAUACUCUCCUUACUUCAAUAUGCUGGUGCCAAAAAGGGUAUCCGUCACCAGGAUUACCUUGAGAAAAACAAUAUUGUCCAAAAAAAGCAGGGUGAAAUAGAUGAAAUGGAGAAAGUGAAGGACGCGACACAAAGUCUAUGUAUUGGGUCGGUCCUUAUCGCAACCGUGACAUUUGGUGCAGCUUUCGCCAUGCCUGGAGGUUACAGAGCUGAUGAUCACACUAAUGGAGGCACACCAACACUCGCUGGAAGGUAUGGUUUUGACGCAUUCACUCUGGCCAACGGACUUGCGUUCACUUGCUCCACUAUGGCAACAAUUUCUCUCAUGUCUUCUGGAUCACCCGUACGACAUCCUCGGAGCCGGAUAGAGCACUUACGCAUUGCGUACUAUCUCAUGUCGGUUUCAGUUACAAGCUUGGUAGCUGCAUUUGCACUUGCUACCUAUACCAUACUAGCCCCACUUGCUCAUAAGACUGCCAUGGGGUUAUGUAUCUUGAGUUCUCUCAUAUUGGUCUAUCAAAAUUGGGAAUUGGCAAGCAAUAAUAUUGCCAUGGUAGCACCCCUCUGCAGCAGAAAAGGGAAAUUGUGGACAUUUGGAGUGUCAGCAUUAUUUAUCGUGGCCAAUGUCCUAAUUCAGUUGUGGCCCAUAAUAGUAGUAUUUUCUCUGGCCACAAUAAACUACCAUAGUCGAAAAGUGGAACCAUCGGUACACCUGCCAACACCAUUAAAUUGAAGAGGGGCCGAAUAUAGGCAGUGAAAGAGGACAUAUUAUCUGUAUCAGUGCCAUAUUUUCCAACUGUGAUUUUUUCCGUAUUAUCAGAUGGAGAUUUCGAUCAGAUAUACUACCAUCCAAAUUGUGUUUUUGUUGAGAAACUUUAAUAAUAUGUUUAUGU